AUGUUUCAGGGCACUCCAGCAGUCAAGAGAGUAGCAAUUCCUCAGACGCCAGUCAUUGGAAUACAGCAGACUCCCUAUUAUACACCAGCUGCAGCCAUACAACCAUACUUGCAACCAAUCCCACAACAAUCAUCACACUUAGCUCAUCCAAUCUCAUCUUACUUGCUAAAGGGCGAUUCCCUAGCUAUUUCCAGUACUGGCCAGAUACCCGAUGAUGUUUUAAAUUCGAUCAAAUCAGUUCCUUUGGAUUCAAUAACAGCUGCAAUCGAAAAAAGGAAUGCGUUUGUCGCUCUCGCUAUUCCUGAUCGAUGUUUCGUAUUCGGUUGGAGACAGAAAGCACCAAGCAAAGUCGACACUCUACCAUUACAAGCCUAUGCUGGCACACGCUUCGUGACUCUAAUACCAUCAGAAGCACGAAUGGGAUUAUUGGUUGCUUCUGAUAGUGGUGUUUUGCGAAUGUGGGACAACAUCGCCUUCUCUCAAGAGUUCUUGGAAGCUCAGAUACCACUGUCUACUGAUGAAGUGGGAACGUGUAUGAGUCAAUGCGAGCCUGCUGGAUUUGUAUUCGGAACAAACAAAGGCCUCUUGUACAAAAUCUCACUUAUACGAGCCGCUGGAACUGCGCCAACCUUGAUUACACGUGCAUUUACUCGACCCGUAGCAUGGUUUGAUAAGGCUGCUCGAAUGUUUGCCGCUGGUGUCGCUCAUUAUGGUGGUAAACCUUCAUCAGAACCAGUGCCAGCAACAGCAGCAGAUGCUUUCAGCAAGGGCAUUGUGUCAAUCGCACCUGUAGUUAGGACAGAUGCUAGACAGACAAGAGACGUGUACGUUUUGACGAAAACCAAUCUUGAAAAGUGGAGUGUAGCAAAAGAGGCCAGGGAUGAAAUGAUUUCGGAUCAGGAAUUUCUCCGACUUGUUACAGCUUGCAUUGCUCGAGAUGGAGAUGUGAUGGAUUCUGAUGUCUCUACUGAGUUACAUGAUAUGGAAUGUCUCAAGGAUGGAGACUUUGUGAUUUUAGUGUCUGCUCGAGUCCAGAAUGGACCUUUAUCGCCCUUAUUAAUAGUCGCUAGUGUCAGUGAAGAUGGAUCAAUCUACGUCAAGGAUGUCAAGAAUCUGUUUGGCGCUCCAACGGGUCCAUAUUCCUCACCACCUCGACUGGCUGUCUCCAAUGGUGGUCCUGGCGUGUUUGCAGUCUUUCACAAUGCUAUAGUGGCUACGGUAAUUCACAAAAACGGAUUCUUCCAAGAGCUCGUCAAGCUUCGUGAUCCAAACGUGGAUCGCCUACUCGCUGUAGGAAUGGACCUACCUUCUUUAUCCUCCAAUUUGAGAGAUACAGAGCCCGUCAGCAACAUUGUCUGUCUAUGUGCCCAGUCUAGUAUAUUAUCUGUGGAGAUGUUUACCAGCAAAAUUGUAGCUAGACAAUCUGGAAGCGUUGCUAGUGAAAUGCCGGAAGUUGAUCAGUCUCUCAUGACCAAACGUCUACGCUCAGAGAUAGAGCAAGCUCUGUUUUUUGGAGCCGACAAUGAUGCUUCCAAUCUGAUCUCGUAUGUAGAUUUUAAUGAAACUCAAGGAAGCGUAGAACAAGCUGCUCUGGACAUCAGCAAUUCAAUCCUAGAUGGAUCGUGUACGUAUAUACCUUCUGUCUUGACAGAACUUCGAACUCAGCUUGUUGAAAGGCUCCAUCGCAUACAAAAGCUCAUUGACAUUAUACAUGCCAAAUCAGGAUUGCAUCAGAUUUCUCAACAUGGUCGAUAUCUCCUAUGUUUCAAUGCUGAAAAGAUUACAGUUUCCGUGCACCUUUACAACUUCCAAAACAAUCUGGCCGAAACAUCUAGCUCCCAAGUACCCUCUCUAUUGACUCAAGCAAUGGAAAGAGUUAUCAAGUUGCGUCCUAGGCACGAAGAGACUGACUAUCGAAGAGCAUUCUAUCGAUAUGAGAUUGGAAACAUAGCUCAACUUCUCUACCAAAUACACAAUCUCAUCGUUCCUGAUCCUGGAGACGGUGUCAAUCCUCAGCAAAUCGCAAACGUUUUAGAAGCCAACAAUGUUAUUCAUCUUCUACUUUCAAACGCUCAUGCGUAUCGUCAAGCACAUGCUCAAUUAUAUGACCUCGAUUUAUCCCGUCCACCUUUGGAAUCAUGGACUGCUACCAACGACAUACAAGGAACAUUACAAGCUCAAUUCGAAACUACCAAAUCAAUAAUCUUAAUGUUGGAUCGAUCUGGAAUACCGCUUCAAAUGCCUAAUAUCGCUACACCGCCAUCACCAGAAACAUCACCUGUCGCUAGACUCAAACGUCAAGUUGUCAAAUUGGCUGAUUUGAUUUAUUCGGCGACGAGGUCGCAACUGUUGUACUUGCGUUCCAAGCAAAAUGCUUCACGAGAUGACACGUCCAGAAUGGACCGCGUUUCAGAGAUCCAUUUGGGUGUCAUAUACGCUCUGUUUGACGUUGGAUGUGACGAUGAUGCCUACAGAUUGAGUGAAAAAUAUGAAGACGUACAAACAUUGGCUGAUUUAUGUGUGCGUCGUCCAGACGCCCAAAAUCGUAUUCCAUUCUAUAUUGAUAAGUUUGGAGAAGUAUUCACUCGAGUCUUGUAUCGCUUGUACCUCGUUGAAGGAUUGUGGAAGCAACUACUAAAUCAAGAUCAACGAUACGAUGAAUACGUCACCAAAUUUUUGAAUAGAGAGAAUGUGCCUUGGUUUUCAUGGAUUCAGGAUGUGAGGACCCGGUCAUAUGCUGAGGCUGGUUACAAAUUGGAGAGUGCUGCUGCGACCGAAACGUCUUUGAGCAAAAAAUCGUUGGCACUGAGCAUGAGUUUCUUGGCUCUCGUUUCCAACAUGCCCACAUCAGACAAGGAGGUGGUGACAGUCAACAGUCGCAUAUCAGAAGUGGAAGUACUCCUUAAACUCAACGCUCUUUCAGCAGCUCUCGCAAAUUCGUUGGAAGCAGGCAUCCCCCAGCAGACACAAGCACAUCUCAAUCGACUCUCACAGGAAAGACCAGCCAUGGUCUCAUUAUAUCGUACUAUUGUUGAUCGGGUGGUUACUGAUGGACAAAUAUCAUUCGAUGAUUGUGUGGAUAUUCUUACAUUGACACCAGAUGGUGAUUUCGUGACUGCUAUGGAAGUUGCUCUUGAGAUGUUUGCUGUUCCAAGUCUGAGGUCAGACACUCUCAUCAAGACAAUAUGGAGGAGGGCAUGGUUAAAUGACCGAUGGGCUUUGUUUGUGAAAUCCUUGGAGACUCCUGGCGCAGGACACAGUGACGCAGAUAUGACGAGGCAAUUAAGAGGGUCUCAUGCUUAUCAGGUUCUCACAUGUAUCCGAUCGAGAGGUGAUGGCUUUGCCUCUUGCAUCAAACCUCCAUCCCAAGUCUUGUAUGAAAUGGGAGAAGGCAACAUUCAAUCCAGAACCGUUCGUCUUUCUCACGAAGAGCAAAGUCAGCUUGUAUUGGAUUACGAAAGUGAGAACAAGGCAUUGUACGAUUUACUGGAUAAUCAUCGUCUGCGUCAAGUAUUUGAUGAGAUGAGUAAAAUGGCGUUGUGA